AUGGAUGACGAGUUGCAACCGCCUGAUAGUGGCGGCGUCGAGGUUCAGAGCGCUUCGACGUCGGCGGAUCCCGAUGCAGAUUCGGCGCCAUCGGAGCCCGAUGAUCUCUUAAUGUGUCGAGUAUGUCGAGGGAACGAUGGCGAACUGUAUUAUCCGUGCUUGUGCACGGGAAGUAUCAAAUAUGUGCACCAGGAGUGUCUUGUACAAUGGCUUAAAUACAGUAAAAAGGAGAAAUGCGAGUUGUGCAGUCACAAAUACUCAUUUCAACCAAUUUAUCGACCAGAUAUGCCAAAAAUAUUGCCGAUUUUCGAAAUUGCUAAAGGAAUUGUCGUAACGCUAGCCGUAAUGCUUAAAACUUGGAUAAUCUACACACUAGUAAUGAUGGCCUGGUUGGGUCUCGUACCGUUCACUGCUGCCCGAAUCUACAAUUUUAUAUUUUAUUUGUCGUUUCAAGACAUUAUUUCGUCGCCUUUUCAACUAAUUAAAGUGGAACACGUCGCGCACGAUGUGUUUAAAGGCUGCAUUCUGUUGAUCAUUUUUGUUUGUACAUUUAUCUCGCUUGUUUGGCUCCGCGAGCAGAUCAUCCUCGGCGGACCGCAAAAUUUUCUCAACAUUGACAACGCCGACGAGGAGGAGAACGAGCAGCGGCCGGCGCGGAACGAUGAUGAUGGGCUCGGCGGCCCGUUUGAUGAUGAUUCGAGCGAUGAGGACGAUGAAGUAUACGGCGAGUAUAUGGAUGGUCGAUACGAGAAUGCCGACGAUAGUCAAUCGGAUGAUCAGGACGACGAGGAGGUUGAAGAUGAGAACGGCAACGUUGACGAUAAUCGAAUGAUGCCGAACCCCGACAUGAUGGACGAUGCCGAUGAGAUGGAUCGACUCGAGCGACGACGUCAGCGUCGGCGGCGCCAACGGCAGAGGGAUCGCGAGAAUGCGAAUCAGGAUCAAGAGGACAAUUGGAGAGAUUGGGAUAGGCUUGGCGAAGAUCUGACUUGGCAGCGCCUUCUCGGAUUGGAUGGAUCGCUCAUCUUUCUUGAGCACGUCUUCUGGGUCAUCUCACUGAAUACAAUAUUCACCGUGACAUUUGCUUACAUUCCGUAUCGAUUCGGGCAUCAUGUGUUGAGCCAAUUGGGUCUGUACUCGAAAAUCGCCUACUUCCCAUCGAUCACAUCCAUGUUGUGCGGUUAUGUGAUAAUUGCGAGUUUGACAUAUGUUGCGCACGCCUGCGUUGGCGCCAUGCGAAUGAAAUCACUUUAUCGAUUCCUUGGCAUAAUGUUUCUAAUAAUAAAAGUAUUUUUGUUGGUGCUCAUCGAGAUUGGAUUGUUUCCAGUGAUGUGCGGAUGCUGGAUGGAUGUUUGCACGCUGCCGCUUUUCCAAGCAACUCUCAACCAAAGGAUUGCCACGUUUGCCGCUUCUCCAUUCAUGUCGAUUUUCCUGCAUUGGAUGAUUGGAAUGGUCUACGUUUUCUAUUCGGCUUCUUUCGUUAUUUUGCUUCGCGAAAUUCUUCGGCCUGGCGUUUUAUGGUUCAUGCGGAAUCUCAACGAUCCUGACUUCAAUCCGAUUCAGGAAAUGAUCGAUUUGCCGUUUACGCGGCAUUUGCGACGAUUGGUUGUGUCAACGACAUUAUUCUUCACCACCAUUCUCCUUAUAUUCUAUAUCCCAUUGACGAUAAUGACGAAAAUGGCGCCGACGGUUCUGCCGUACAAUGUCUCGAUGAGCGCUGACACGCCGCUCAGCGAGCUCUCGCUUGAGUUGCUCAUUCUGCAAAUAGUGCUUCCCGCGGUUCUCGAGCACGCCCAUGGGCGGACUGUCAUCAAGUUCGUCGUCACGAAAUGGUGCUAUUUCGUCGGCAAGCUAUUGGAUUUGGAUAGAUACCUAUUGUCGGAUAACUCGGCGAACGCGAAUCGGCCGGUUCAGCCGCCAGCGGCGGGUGCUGGCGGCGGACUCGCAGCCGAACAUCAAGCGCUUCUGCUCCUUCGUGAGCCGCGCGCCUAUGAGCCCUACGUUCGGCCGGCAUUCUUCGCCGUCCGAAUUGCGGCACUUCUAGUGUUCAUGGCGAUCACCACAAUCCUCACGAGUUUGAGCGCCUUCAUUGUGCCUCCGAUCAUCGGCCGAUAUGUGGUCUACGCGUUGUCGCGACAAACCAACGUCCACGAGAUCUACACAACCGGCAUCGGAUUCUACGUGCUGUGGCUCGUUGGAAAACUCGCCGUGGUCGUUGUGAAGUUUGCGAGAAGCGACGAGAACGACAUGAAAACGCUGGUCUGGAAGUACACGUCGUUUAGCGUUCGCGCGUUCGCCGCCUGCAUUCCGAUCUCCGUGGUCCUUCCGUUUGUCAUCGGAACACUGUUCCAAUACAUCUUUCUGAUUCCGCUUCGUCUCACGCAAAACCAAACCGCUCUCAGCUUCCCCUACCAGGAUUGGGCGAUGGGAGUUUUACAAAUGAAAAUCAUCGCGGUCGUCAUUAUGAUGGGACCCGAGUCUUGGUUGAAAACCGAAAUUGAAGUGGUCAUCAAUGGCGGAAUUGAUAACUUCAACGCGACGCGCACAUUAUUCCGGCUCACAAUUCCGGUAAUGCUGUACAUCGGCUCAUGUCUUGCGUUUCCUGUCGUAUUGUGCGCUGUAUACGCGACACUUACAGGUCUUAGCUAUGAGUCGCAACAAACCAUGCUUAGAUACAGUUAUCCGACAUUUAUGAUAAUCCUAAUGGCUGUGUGCUUCUUACAAUGGCAAAUGAACAAACUCAACGAGUUGGCUGAACGCAUAAAAAAUGACCGGUAUCUUGUUGGAACCCAACUAGUCAAUUACGAGAAAAACGUCAAUUCUGAUACGGUAGUGGUCGCUAAAAGCUAA